AUGGCGUCGCGCAUAAACGUCACCGCAGCGCCACGCGGGCCGCCCGUGCACCCUGAACUCUAUUCCGGCACGCGGUGUCAGGACGAAAACAAAGCUCUUGUUUUCUUCAUACUCUACUUCGGCGUUUGCGUAAAGAAUUGGCACAUUGGGGCCAGCUUUCCUUCCGUGUCUAUUCUAAGCGGCCCUGCCUGGUCACGCCUGGCUCAUGCAAAUCAACCGCACAAUGAGGGGAUUAACAUAACGCGGUGCUUGUUCGGCCGCGGAGCAAAC